CUCUACUGUGGUAUCAUGUGGGCGAGGCCGUGUUUCGUCAACAGGGUGCGGGUCAAUGACAUCGCGAUGGGGAAUCGGCCAGACAGCCGCGUGUGGCCCUCGAUGGCCGCUUCGGUCGUGUAGAGGAAGAUGAAGCUGCCACCAAGCCACAGGUUGACGGAGAUGGUGUCGCCCUCCUCUGUGCCGUUGAGGAUGAUAAAUCGCCGCCGCCCAGCAUCCCCCACCUCAGUGUAGUCGAUGGUGGUGUGGCCGUCUAUGGGGUCCGUCAGCAGCGACCGAUACCGCUCAUCGCCAUCGCCUACUUCCCCCUCGAAUACCUUCUUCUCGCCCACCCCCUCUUGCUGAUACCAGUACCACAACACUAUCCACUUCAUGAAGGUCGUGAAUGAGGGCAAGAGUAAGCGAGCGUGGCGGAUGGGCGGGUUGUGGGGGUCGUAUGUGCGGCGGUAGGGAUGGCGGGGAGGGAGGGCGGACUUGCGCACCGUCUCGAACUGCCACUUGUGCUGGCCGCUUCCGAUGGUAUACCGCUGCCGUGUCACCCCACCGUCCCCCUCUCCAUCCCCCCUCUCGGCAUCCUUUUUGCCCUCAUCGCCAUCAUCGACCUCAUCCACCUUUGUGAGCGCCAGGCUGGUGCCCUUGUAGUUGAGAAGGUGGCCGAAUGUGCUGUACUGGCGAAGGGCGAGGGGCAUGGUGUGGAAGUCGGCCUUGGUGGGCAGGUGGGCCGCCAUCCACUGGGGCGACAUGAUCAGCGGCAGGCCAGUCGACGGCGUCAGCUUGUAGAUGUCAGCCAGCCGGAUGAAGUCGGGCCACUCACACCACAGCGCACCGCCAUGCUCCAGUACAUAGCAGCACUGGGACAGGUAGCAGAAAUGCGACACAUGAGGGCCACCACCACCAGCUGCAGGGGCCGGUGCGUCACUGCUACUGGUGGUGGGAUGGGCAGGGGUGGGUGCCGCAGCAUUGGCUGUGUCUGCUGCUGUCCGGUUCACGUCGAUGAGGCCGGUCAGCGAGUGGCGGCUGAGGUGCGUGUCGAUGCGACGCUGCACGAAGGCCUCAUUGACGAGUUGGCUGCCGUGUGCCCUGCUGAUGGGGCGGGACGAGCAGACGGCCUCAUCGAUCGGCAGGCACCGGUAGAUGACGUCGCGGCAGACAUCAGGCGGCAGGCCGUCGGCCGAGUCGGCGGGCGGGGGCGGCUUGGCCCAGCCGAUGGGCCGAAUGGUGCCCUUGACGCCACCCUUGACGUCAUGCCGCGCAUCUUUAGCCGACGAGAGAGCGGCGAAGACGCUCACCCACUUAUCGGCGAGAAAGGGCGUCUGCACCGAACACACAGACAACCAGGGAGAGAGUGACGGCUGCAGUACUCUCUCGUGUGUGUGUGUGUGUGUGUGUGUGGUUGACCUGUGCGGCGACUGUGGUGUUGAAGAGCUGCUGCACACCGGCAGCCUCUCGUGUGACCUGCAGGCACCGCACACACACACACAGUGGAUGAGAGCACACCAGCAGUGAGGCCAUUUGGCCUCUCAUGCGCCACUUGCCUGUUCUAUUGUGUGUGCAGCGAUGCGAUGCGCUCCUCUAGACGAACCAAACCCUCACUGAUGGACUGCAAUACACACACACAAUCAGCACGAUGAAUGGACGUGUGUGCGCUCUCUCGAGUGAAUGCGUUCGCUUGUCGUGCUGUGUUUGCUCUCUGGCCUGCUUGAGUUCGCUUCUCGAUUGAUGCUUACCGGUGUGUUCUCAUUUGCAGCGGCCGAGUCGACGCCUUGUGUGCGGGGACGCUUCGGCUCUCCUUCGACACUCAUGCUGGAGAACCCGAGCUACUCUCACGUGAAC